CAGCCUGCUCGUGAGUUAACGAUCCCGCGUCGUCCACGUGCUUUGAGUCAAUUUUGAAAUUCAUUGACGCUGGAAGUGGUGUCUGCAUAAAAGUAGCAUUUACUCUUUCUGUUUAAAAACCAUUGUUCUGAUAUGGGGAAAAUAGCAAAGUCGAAAAUCAGUAAGAUAAAAAGGAACAAUCAGACGAGGACUAAACUUUCUAAGCAGGGAAAAUUGAAGAGCCGUAGAAACCGUAAAACUCAAAAACAGUUGCAACAGCCACCUACAACACUAGUGUCAAAAAAUGUUGAAACAGAAGAUGAGAGUGAUCAUGGUGAAGAUAUGCUUGGAAUGGUUGAAAAAGAUGACUUGGAAUUUUUGAAAAAAGCUGUAUCUAACCAGAGUUACAAUCUUCUCAACCAAAUUAGAUUAAACCAAUCAGAGCCUGAAAUCAAACGAAAACGGAAAAAAUCUACAGAACUUGAUGAUUUAGAGGAGAAGUAUGAAAAUGCGACAGUCAACACCACAAUUACAACCAGUCGUACACGAAUGCUCCUGCCCAUCAAAUCUCAAAAUAAAUUAAUUGAACGGCAUAUUCCACUAAGUGAAAUAGAGAACUUUGAUACAGACGAACAAUUAAGAAUUGAACAGGAUCGUAAAAGUAAUGGUCUACAAUCUGUAGAUGAAGAGGAAUUGACCGACCAGGAACUAAACCUAGAAUAUAUUGAGGAGGGAAAAAUAGAUGUAAGUAAACCAGUAUCAAUGGUAGAAUUGUUGGCAUGCAGAGAAGAGGUACUUCAAUCACGUCGUUUCAAGAUCGGAAUUUUGUCAAGUGGCCUAUUAGAAAAUCCUGAACUGAAGGCUGGAAACUUGAAAGUACUUUUGUCACUUAUGGAAGAAGAGCAUCCAGAAGUUUAUAUUACCGUUAGGAAAUUGGCAAUGGUAUCCUUGUUGGAAGUAUUCAAGGACAUUCUACCUUCCUACAGCAUUAAACAAAUCCCCCAAGAUAAAGUUAAAUUGAAACGGGAGACAUUGAAUUUACAAAAUUAUGAAGCAGUAAUGUUGAAAAGCUACAAGUUGUACUUACAGAAGCUUGAAAAAUUUGCUAGCAUGUUGAACGGAAAGAAAUUGAACAUGAACAAGUUACAAAAGCAGGAAAUAAUAUUGGGAGAAAUUGCUAUCACUUGUAUGUCAGAGCUUUUGAUCGCACAUCCAUAUUUCAACUUCUCUGUCAAUAUUGCUAACCUUUUGGUUCCAUACUUGGAUAGUAAAUGGUCAAAUGUAAGGGAGAUAGUGGCUAAAUGUGUUACUCAGAUAUUCAAAGAAGAUAAACGUGGCGAAUUGUCUCUUGUGAUUGUGCGUCGAAUAAAUCAAUAUAUAAAAACUAGGGGUCACUCAGUUUAUGUGGAAUUAUUGACCGUACUGUUGGUUCUGAAAAUUUCUGAUAUAAAUUUGGAUAAGAGCAAAGAGGAAGAAUUGAAACAGAAGAAACUCCAGAUGCAUAAGCAGAAAUUAAUUUCUAUGAGUAAACGAGAACGGAAGAGAAAAAAGAAGCUAGAACAAGUUGAAAAAGAGAUGAUUGAGACUAAAGCGGAAGAGAAUAAACAGAGCAAGCAACGGGUGUUGACCGAUAUAACCAGUAUAGUAUUUACUAUUUACUUCCGCAUUCUGAAGCAAAUCCCAACGGGCAAAAUUUUGUCUGUAACGUUACAAGGAUUAGCUAAGUUUGCACACAGCAUUAAUAUAGAGUUCUAUCAAGAUUUAGUUAAUGUUCUGAAUCGAUUAUUGGAUGGUAACACCUUAACUUUGAGAGAGCAACUAUAUUGCAUUGAAACUGUCUUUGUUAUUUUAUCUGGACAAGGGGAGGCAUUGAACAUUGAUCCAUCAAGGUUUUAUUCACACCUCUAUAGAAACUUACUUGGUAUUCAUGCGGGUAAAAAUCAUGCGGAUUUAAUAAUUAUUUUACGAACGCUUGGUAACAUUUUGAUAAAAAAACGUAAGAACAUCUCACAGAAUCGACUUAUUGCCUUUCUGAAACGAAUAAGUAUUUUGGCACUACAAUUAGAACACAAUGGUACGCUUGGGAUACUAGCUAUCAUCAAAAUAGUGAUGCAACUUGGAAAAGCCACUGACAUUUUACUGGACACGGAUUCCUCCAUAGGAGAAGGUUUCUAUGAUUCGGUGCUGAAUGAACCUGAAUACUGCAAUGCUCAACGUUCAGCUUUUUGGGAACUGGUUCCUUUACAAAGGCACUAUCAUCCAAUGGUGCAAAAAAUGGCGAAAAAUAUUGCAAGAGGAGUUCCUACAAGUGGAGAGGGCAGUCUAGAGCCAGAAUUUGGGAAAUUAUCUCCAGUGGAGCUCUUUGACGAAUACAAAACAACAGGGGUUAUGUUCAAGCCUGCUGUUACUAAACCCAAAAAAGUAAUAUCGGUGAAAUUUUAUGGCUACAAUCACCAUAUAACGAAACUUUACGAGGAUUAUUUCGAAGAUAUUUUCCAACAUUCGCGUCAGAAUGAUACAGCUCCGGAUUUUCAUGGGUCUUUCAAAUUGAAGAAUCUUAAAUGUAUACAAUAAUAAAUGAUUUUGCACGAUAA